AUGGACGGCGGCCGGCGCGCGCCGGCCGGGCGAGGCGGCGAGCUGAGCGUAUUGGAGGACGAUCUGCUGUUCAGCGUGCUGCGCCGCCUCGACUGCCGCUCCGACAAGCUGGCGGCGGCGCUCGUGUGCAAGCGAUGGCUCGCCGUGAUUCGCGGCGCGUACUCUCAGUGCACCAUCCUGAACGCGCGCUUAAAGCCAUCCUCGCGUGCUGUCCGCGACGAGCACGUGGUGGCCAUCGCAAAGAGGUUCGGGCCGAGCCUGCAGCGGCUGAACCUGGCGAGCAACAAGCGGAUCGGGCAGGCGGCGUUGGAGGCCAUCGGCGCGCACUGCACGCAGCUGCAGGCGCUCUGGCUCACCAACGGCACCUUCGACGACGCUGCUCUCAUGCCCAUCGCCUCCUGCCACCAACUCAAGGUGUUGGGGUUGGGCAACUGCCGCAGCAUCACGGACAUGGGGGUGUGCUGCAUAGCAGCGGGGUGCAAGGCGGUGCAGGAGGUGUCAGUGCGGUGGUGUGUGGGCAUCACUGACCGUGGCGUGGACGUGCUGCUCUCCAACUGCCACGCCAUCCACACCCUCGACCUCUCCUACACCAAGGUGACGGAGGCGGCAAUGAAGGUGGUGCAGCGGCACCCUGCCCUGACGCAUCUCAACCUCUCCAGCUGCCAGUCACUCACCGACCCCGCCAUCGCCACUCUCCGCCACGGAUGCACCGCGCUGCAGAGUUUGGACGUAUCUGGGUGUGAGCAGGUGACGGAUGUGGGGCUGAUGGCGCUCACAGCAGGCGCCAUCCCGCUCACCGCCCUCACCGCUGCCUUCUGCCCACAGGCAAGAUUAACGGAAGGAUAG